AUGACCAAGAAAAGAAGGAAUAAUGGUCGCGCCAAAAAGGGCCGCGGCCACGUGCAGCCUAUUCGCUGCACCAACUGCGCUCGUUGUGUGCCCAAGGAUAAGGCCAUUAAGAAGUUCGUUAUUCGGAACAUAGUAGAGGCUGCCGCCGUCAGGGACAUUUCCGAAGCGAGCGUCUUCGACGCCUAUGUGCCUCCCAAGCUGUAUGUGAAACUACAUUAUUGUGUGAGUUGUGCCAUUCACAGCAAGGUAGUCAGGAAUCGCUGUCGUGAAGCACGGAAGGACCGAACACCCUCACCCCGAUUUAGACCUGUGGGUGCUGCCCCAUGA